AUGUCAUCUAGUACAGGAGGGGGAGACAAGGGAGGAGGACACCAGCGUCCGCAUGGGCCAGACCUUUCAAAUGUGCCAAUUGGCGUUCCAACUAUCCCCGGUGUCAAACCAAGAAGCUCUGCAAUUACUGCUGGGGGACCAGCACCCCAGCAUCCGACGACUUCGGUAGCUUCAUUAGUCCCAUCUACUUCUUCUGUUCAAAGAGCCUCUUCAUCCCCCGAUAACGAAGAGUCAUACGAAGAUGCGUGGGCUCGAGCCGAACGAGAACCACCUGUUCGAGUCGGGGACAAUACUACUAUCGGCACUGAAGGGGAACAAGUUCUCGGGAACUUUUUCCGUUUAAAAAUACGCGAGGACCCAAAGAAACCUCUUUGCCGUUACUCUAUUGAUCUCGGACCGGAUGUCACACGUUCUUCGGAUCCUAAGUCGACCAAGCCGAGAAAGCUAUCCCGUGAGACCAAGCGAUUUCUAGUUAACUCACUUUUAGAAGCCAACGAACAUAAGUUUAGAACCUCUUUCUAGAUUUGUGAUUAUGAUUCCAUCAUAAUUUCGGCUGGGCGCCUUUUUUCCGUUGGCUCAGCACCUCAGCCGGCUCCUUAUCAACGCAAAUCUGGUAAAGAUACAUGGCACACAGAGAGUGGCUCAAUCAAAUUCGAUGGAGUUGUUGAAAUAGGCGAAUUAAACAGACAUAUCUACAAAAAAGAUGGUGGAGUUCCGACUUCGGCAACUGCCAUUGCAUUGAAUGCUCUGAACAUCAUAUUCGGUAACUGCGUAAACAAGCCCGACUUCGAUGGUGCUCGUGCUGGAAAGAGAUUCUAUCCUCCGAUCCCUGGAAAUCCAACCCAAACGAAAUCCGGCUGCUACCUCAUACAUCGAGGAUUCUUCAGCUCAGUUCGCCCAGGUACUGGUUCGCUCUACCUCAAUGUCAGCACAACAACUUCUGCCUUUUUCAAGGAAAUGAAUUUAUUGGAAUGGAUGAAAAUGAAGUGGGGUAAUCGAUACAAUGAAGCAAAGUUCAGAAGGGAGCUAAAUAACGUCCGAGUAAAAUGUGACUUCACAGAAGAAAAGAGAUGGACCAUGCACGGCGAAUUGAACACCAAGAAAAUGUCCGCGAUAACGUUAGGGCAGACGAAUGUCAGCGACCAUAUGAAGAGUGGCAAGUUUUAA